AAGUGGGUAGUCUUGCUUUAAGACAUGUGAUCUAACUCUCUCCCAGCUCCCGCUCUCUCCCUCUCUCUCUUUCCAGCUGGGCUACAUUGUAAUACACACACACACACGCACACGCUCACUCGCACUCGCGCUCUGCCUGUCUGACACAGACUCUCUACUUAGAGCGCUGGAGAGAGGACUGAGGCUCACACUAUCAGCACAGCUUCUCAAUGGGGGGAUACAGCCAAGAGCAGACAGAGCAGUCAUUCCGCUGGAGCCUUCCGCUGCACGCGUGAGAAGGAGACGACAAGUGAGGAGGGUAAAUUAGCUCCCUGUCAUCACAACAUAGGAGUUUAACUGACGGAGAAGAGACACUGAGGGGAGCAGAGGACAUCUCUACGAAUGAGGCUGAUACAGCAGUGACAUGAUCAGCCUCCCAUCCCUCAAAUCCUGGCCAGUUUGUCACACAGACCCCCGCGUGCUUUUGGUGACUAUUUGUGUUGCCAAGGAUUUCAAAAAGACCUGAGCAGCGGGGAGGGGGGGUCCAGGAGAGGGGAUACUGAAGUGGUGGUGGGGGGAAAAAAGAACAGCAUUUUAGGCCAUUUAUUUUUUUCUUGCAGCUUUUGGCUUAUCUACUCCCGGAAUUUCGGAAAUCCCUGGCUUCAAAGUAUGGAUGGAUUUAAGACAGAGGAGUGAGUCUGCCGGGCAGGCGGGCAGUGAGGCGAUUCCGACCAAACUCCUUUCCUCUUGAACACACUGCUCAGACUCGGCCUUACCAUGUCCUGGUUGUUGGCCAUGUGGAUUAGCCUCGGCUUCCUGCUGCUGUGCCAGGCCACACUCUACCAGACCAUCCAGCAGCACCAUGUGGCCCGCCCCGGUCGCACUGACAUUCUCACCCUGGAGGGAGGCACGUGUGAGGUAAUCGCUGCGCACCGAUGCUGUAACAAGAACCGCAUCGAAGAGCGCUCUCAGACAGUCAAAUGCUCCUGUUUACCGGGGAAAGUGGCCGGGACGACACGCAACAAACCCUCCUGUGUGGACGCGUCCAUUGUAAUCGGGAAAUGGUGGUGUGAGAUGGAACCGUGUCUGGAGGGAGAGGAGUGUAAGACUCUGCCUGACAACUCUGGAUGGAUGUGCUCCUCUGGGAACAAAAUCAAGACCACAAGGAACACCCAGCCAUACUCCCCUUUUUAGCUUCCGGAAGCAAAAUGCAGAGGAUGCGUCAACAGAAAUUGAGCUGCAUUCUUGCUUCUGUAAAGAUUCAUCCCAGGACCUAACAGAGAGCUCCCAUCGCAGGGCUGAGCGCCAGGCUCUUCCCCUCACGCACCCUUCCUCUUCCCGCCGAACGGACAAAAAAACUAUUACAUCCACAGCUACCGACUGGAUUACCUGGGACCACGGAAAGGAUAUCCUCCCAGAUAAAACAGCUUUGCACGCGUGGUGCCAAGGAUUUGAAACCAGACUAAUCCCCUGUUUGAUCAAUGAGCCCCACGUUGGUGACUCUCCUCCUCCUCGCAGCUGUGGCCAGUUUCCGACCUACUCUCAUUCUGUUCCACUCACCCCCACAACCCCCCUCGAAAAAAAAAACUGAACCAGCUUAGGGAGGGGUUACUAAGAGGUUGUUAAAACAUUACUUGGAGGCACUCUCCCCGUAUGCCUGAACGCGGACUGGGCGAGGAGCUUACGCAGACCUUAACGCGGGAUCCGCAGGACCGAGGGAAAUUACCUGGCUAUAUCCUUUUAUUUCUGUGUGGAAGGCAUUUGUAUUUGACCCGCCACGCGAGCCGAAACACUGCGGCCGCUGCGACCACUAGCAGCGUACGGCGAGGAUAAGAAGACUCUCCGGGAGGCUUUAGGGUCUGCCUUCAUUGCCUCACCCUCAUCCUCCCUGAUGGACGUGUUGACUUUUAUCGGUGGGCAUGUAAAUUCAUGAGCACUGCUUUUCUUUGUAUGUAAGAUAAUUUGUGUAUAUAUACACACACACACACACACACACACACAUAUAUAUGAAUACAUUACAUAAAACGAAAGAUCCAAGAAGCUGAAAAAGUAUAUUUAGAGACUCUAAGAGGAGCUCGAGCACCACAGUGGAAUAUUGAUUAGGCCCCUGAACAUAAUCCAGAGGCGGUUGUCCGAGUACAGUGUGUGUGUAUAGGACUGCUUUGCAGUGUAUGCUUGCAUUGGAGCCACAACUAAAAAAAAAAAAAGAAGAAAAAAAAAGAAAACAACUAAAAAAUAAGUACUGGUCACUUUUGUCAUUCAGCAAUGUUGUUGGUGAAGCCGGAAAACGCUCGUUAGUUCCUGUAAAGAUGAGGAAAACACUGUAUAGAACUGCCUCACAAAAGAAAGCUGCACUAACAACAACCCCCGACCUUUGUACUCCGAUGCAGCAGAGGGACGUAGAGCAGCAUCAGCAGCAGCAGCAGCAACUCCGACCAUAAGCAGUUAGUGUCACUUUCUGCUGUGGAGAGCGGUCAUGUAGAGAGACAGAGAGGUAAUUUAUUCACAGUGACAGUGAGAAAGUGCUCGUCACAAUGAAGAAACAUAGUUAUCCCCCAGUAGAUAUAAGUACAUUACAGGACAGCCUUAUGAGAAAUAAAAAUGGUUUUCUAUACUGAUA